AUGUUACAUGAUUUCGUUCCACCAAAAGUUCCAAAAGAUUUCGCAGAAACAAUGAUGGCAAAGAAGACAUAUUUAAUAGCUCCAUCAUUGAAAUCAUGUUCAAUAACAACACCAGCAUCACUUGGUAUUAAACGUCUUAAUCCACCGUCUGAUCUUGACAUGCAUUUAUUGGAUAUAUUCACACGACAAGAAGAUGAAAGAUAUCGAAUGAGGUUAAGACAUCAAGUUGAACGAGAAAAAUUAAUUUUAUCUCAUGAACAAGAUAUUUUACGUUUAUAUGGUAAUGCUGAACGUUCAUCAAUAAAUCAAGAUAUACCAUUUAGUUAUUGUUCAUUAUUAAAAGAUAAUGAAGUUUAUAAUAAUCCAUCAGUACAAGAACGUCAAUCAUCAUUUAUUAAUAAUGAGUAUAUUAAUACAGAAUUAGGUAAACGUGGUAAACAUCGAGGGAAUGGACGUUCAAUUAUAAAAUGGCUUGAAGAUUCUAAUCUUAAAUAUAAACGUCUUAGUUGUGAAAUUAAUCAAAGACAACAACAUGAAUCUAAUACACUUCAUUCUAUGCAGCGUAUGGUUUGGUUAAAACAUAUACCAAAAGAAAAUUCAUUAUCAGGGCGAAUAAAUUCAUUAUUAUCCGAACGAUAUUUACCUAAAGUACACAUCAAUACUAAUUUUUGGACACAUUGGGAGACAAAUCCUGUUUAG